AGGAGUGAUCUGUCGCAUAUAAAUGGUGAGAAUUGCCCUGCCAAGUAUCAGAACUGGAUAUAGGUGCACAAAGUGACGAUUGUUAAUUCAUCUCUGGACUUAUAUGGCAGGGAAAAUUUCUCACCCACUCAUCAGGAAGUGGAUGAAAAUGUACCUGAUGAAGAUGCCAGUUCAGGUAACAACUUAUGUCUCUCUAAAUUGCGGUCAUCUACACUCAACUGGAUAUUUAAUUAUCUUGAAUUCCUUGCUAUUGUUGUCUAGUCUUCAGCCAGCAGCUGGUAUUGUCUUUGAGAAAAGUACCUUUACAAACUCUACAAACAACACCGUAGAAACCAAGAACAGAACUGCUGGAAUGAGCUUUUACUUCAACCAAACAGAUACUAAGGAAAAUAUUUCAUCGACAAAAAUGGAACUCCCUUAUCAGGAUAAAGAUAACGAAGUAAAUUAUUCUACUUCAAAUAUCAGAAUUAAAAACAGAGAGACAUUAGAUACAACUAACAGGGCUCAAAAUUUGCCAUUUACUGAGAAGGACAGUUUGAACAAGAUUCUAAGACAGCACAAUACAAGGAACACACAUCUACCCAAAGCAAGAAAUGAAGAGAUUGUAAUGGACAGCUUGAAUGCAAUGCCAAAUAAUUUGAGCAUUAUUGUUGAGACAACCAGCUAUAAAAUAAAGCUUCCAUCAGCAACAGAUACAGCACUAUCUCCGACUGCACCUCCAGUGUCUAAAUAUGCAGCAGAGAUGUGUCAGCCGAACACAUCAACCCCGAUGAAUCUGACAGUGAAUGUGGCUUCUGCAACAGCUGCGAGUGGUCCUCCAGGUCCUAAAGGAUCUCCAGGUGUUCCUGGUAGAAAAGGAGAGCCAGGUAGACCAGGGCCUAUGGGCCCCAAAGGUAGUGAAGGAGACAGAGGCCAUCCUGGAAUGAAAGGUGCAGCAGGGAAAACUGGAAAACAAGGACUGAAAGGAGAGAAAGGUGAAAGAGGCAUGUCAGGUCGACCUCAAUCACAAGCAGCUAUGUCGACCAUACUCACCAAACAUUUUGGUCCAGCAGAAGAGGUUAUUGUUCCUUUUAACUUGGUCCUUAUUGAUUCAGGUGACAAUUAUGACAACAACACGGGUGUUUAUAUUUGCACGAUACCAGGCAUUUAUGUAAUGUCCGUGUAUAUGAUGUCUCAUCCAGGUUCCAUUAUCAAUGGUAGGAUCUACAUCAACAACCGGCCUGUUGCAGCCCUCUGGACAGACGACAAUAAAAAGGCAGGGUUCUAUCCAUCAACAAGCAUUCAGAUAAUCAGUAGAUUGGAGUUUGGUGAUCAAGUAUACAUCAAACUUGUUAGUGGAUAUGGUAAAAGCUGGGUGCAUGCAAAUUAUAAUGCUUUUUCCAUAUUUCUUUUGUAUGAAGACAUUUUCUAAAUAACCAAAGCUGAAUUUAAAUUUACCAUUUGGACUCAUUGUUCAAUACAAAACAAUACCAUAAUGAGUCCUUUUUUUGUAGUAGAUAUAGUGACUA